AUGACUACGAUUGAAAAAUUAAAACUUCUCAUUUGGAAAAAUUUUCUAUUGCAAAGAAGACACAAAUGGCAAACAGUUUUCGAAAUAGCGUCUCCUGUAGUAUUCUCUUUAUUUUUGAUACUCAUAAGAUGUCUCGUCGAUCCUCAAUCAAAAGCAGGUGUAUCAUACCAACCAUUUCUUCCUACAUAUUUCAAUAUGAGUAGCAGACAGCUGGGAAAUUUAACUUCCGCUAAGAGAGAAGGUACACUUGCAUUUUCACCAGAAAAUGCUUUCAUAAGAAAUGCUACUAAGAAUGCAAUGGCAACAGUUGCUUUGGAUAAUUUAGGAUUUCUUGCCCUUCUGUUUGAUACUGGGAUGCUGCCAGAACCAAAAGGAUAUAAGGAUUCUCAUGCCUUAGAAGCAGCACUAACUCAGCCUAAUGCUAUGACAAAAAUUCUUGUUGGAAUCCAGUUUAAUGACAGUAUGGCUAAUGCUACAGAGUGGCCUGAUAACAUAGAUGUGACAUUAAGAUUUCCAGCAGUAAUGAGGACACCAAUGAUAGAUCACCCACUAAGAUUAAGUUGGAGGACAAACUUAUUAUUUCCAUUAUUUCCCCUGCCAGGCCCAAGGGCUCCUGAUGAUAUGUAUGGUGGUCAAACCCCAGGGUAUUCUCCCGAAAUGUUCUUGGCAGUGCAACAUGCCAUAUCUCAAGAAAUAAUCAAACAGAAAUCGGGAAAACCAAUAAGUACGACGAUAUAUUUGCAAAGAUUUCCACAAGGACCCUAUAGAAAGGACGACCUACUAGUCGCGAUGGAGAGGUUCAUCUCUAUGAUAAUUAUGCUAUGUUUCGCGUACACAUUCGUCAACACUGUACGAGUAGUGACCGCCGAAAAAGAACUACAACUAAAGGAAACUAUGACAAUAAUGGGUCUUCCAUCAUGGCUACACUGGUCGGCAUGGUUCAUAAAGCAGUUCUCGUUCCUUCUUAUAUCCGUCGUGCUUAUGGUUAUAUUGUUUAAGAUCCCCUUUAACGCGACUAAAGAUGGCGAGAGGUAUUCCGUAUUCACGUACACGCCCUGGACUGUGCUGCUAUUCUUCAUGCUGCUAUUCAUAAUGGCGUCGCUAGCUUUUUGCUUUAUGGUGAGCGUUUUCUUUACGAGAGCGAACACAGCGGCAUCUUUCAUGGGCUUGAUGUGGUUUUCAACGUACUCCGCCUACUUUCUGACUCAAAUGCUCUACGAAGAUGUUAGCCUUCAUACAAAGUUUCUACUUAGUUUGAUAUCGAACGCUGCCAUGGGUUUUGUGUUGCAAAUGCUGAUAGUGUGUGAAGGGACGUCUCAAGGUUUACAAUGGAGUGAGAUAUUUACGCCCGUGUCAUACCAUGACGAUUUCCAGCCAGGUCAUGUUGUGCUUAUGUUAAUAGUCGACACCAUAAUAUACAUGACAAUCGCUUUGUAUGUUGAGAAAAUUCGUCCCGGUAACUACGGAGUGCCGCUGCCCUGGUAUUUUCCAUUCACGAAGAGCUUUUGGUUGCCGAACAAAACAAGGAUUGCGGCGGUAACGUUGAAGGACGGUGUAGAUCAAGAGUACAAAAACGCAUUGCUUAAAGUCGUUCACGACGAGGAACCAAAAGGUGUACCGAUGGGUAUUAAUAUUGAGAAUCUCACUAAAGUAUACAAGGGUCGCAAAAAAGCAGUGGAUAAUUUAAAUCUUCGAAUGUAUGAGAACGAAAUAACUGUAUUAUUGGGACACAAUGGUGCCGGUAAAACGACAACUAUAUCAAUGUUGACAGGUAUGGUCCCACCAACCUCUGGAACGGCUACAAUAAACGGAUACAACAUAGUCAACGAGACUGAAUUAGCACGCAAAUCUCUCGGUCUUUGUCCGCAACACAACGUGCUAUUCCCAGAUCUUACUGUGGCGGAACACAUUAUUUUCUAUUCAAGGUUAAAAGGUGUCCAAAAGUCGAAAAUUGACGAUGAAGUUAACCAUUUUGUUAAAUUGUUGGAGUUGGAAGAAAAGAGACAUGUCCAAUCCAUGCACUUAUCAGGCGGUCAAAAGCGGCGUUUAUCAGUUGGUGCGGCGAUGUGCGGUUCCUCGCGAGUUGUUCUAUUAGACGAACCUACAUCUGGACUGGACCCGGCUGCAAGACGGUCUCUCUGGGAUCUCUUGCAGAAAGAGAAAAAAGGUCGCACAAUAAUUCUAACGACGCAUUUUAUGGAUGAGGCGGACGUGUUAGGAGACCGGAUAGCAAUUAUGUCCGGCGGUAGAUUGCAGUGUGUCGGCACGCCGUACUUCCUCAAGAAGCACUAUGGGAUUGGAUACAAAAUGACCAUAGUGAAACAAGAUAGCUGCGAUGUGCAACAGGUCACUGGUUUCUUGAGAAAUUAUGUGCCAGAUGUCAGAGAGAAUACUAAUAUAGGAUCCGAAUUAACAUAUAUAUUGCCUAAUGAACACGUGAGCAAAUUUCCUGAGAUGUUAAAGAAAUUUGAGGAAGAAAGGCACAAUUUGAAAGUAUCGAGUUACGGUCUGUCUGUUACCAGCCUGGAAGAAGUAUUUAUGAAAGCCGGCGCAGAAGAUAACGAUAAUACAUCUCCAGUACUAAAAAAUAACUACACUAAAAAUCAUAAUGACUGCGCGAUCAUUCCCAUUGAUAACAAUCAUCGGAACCACUUUUCCGACACUGAACCCAUACAAAAGGUCAUAGGAUUCAGGUUAUUGAAGAACCACAUUAAGGCGAUGUUUCUUAAACUCGCCUACAAUUCUAUGAGGAACAAACUCUCCGCGUUCAUUCAAAUCGUAACACCGAUAAUAAACAUUACGAUUUCGGUUAUAAUAGCUAGAUCGUGGCGUUUUAUGACGAAUCUACCUCCGUUAGAGUUAAGCCUUACUAGCGGGUUUCGAAAUACAGAGACUCUCUUAUCCGAAGGGGUGAAUUUGACAGACAGUAGCUUAGAAAGAAAGGCCAUGCUAGCUUAUAAGGAGUACUUUAAAUCGUCCCUGGAUCCAAAUAUGGCAUUGAAAGAUAUCGGUAGCAUGGAUGUUGGGAAGUUUUAUUUGAAAUUGAGCGAGCUAAACCCAGCCCGCAUUCGAUACGAGAAUUUGGUUGGAGCCACGUUCGCCCCUCACCGGAUCACAGCGUGGUUCAGUAAUUACGGAUACCACGACUCGGCGAUAUCACUUUCGCUUGCAAAUAACGCAAUGAUGGGUGCUCUUGCGCCGGGCACAACACUACGAGUCAUUAACCAUCCACUGCCCUAUUCAAUAGAGAAUCUCCUUAGAAUAAUGGCAUCAGGAAGCAGCUUAGGAUUUCAGUUCGCGUUCAACAUCGGAUUCUGUAUGGCCUUUGUAACUGCGUUCCUUGUUCUUUUCGUCAUAAAGGAGCGAGUUAGUGGUGCUAAACUGCUGCAACGCAUAUCUGGUGUCCGCCCGGCAGUUUUAUGGGCUUGCUCUUUUAUUUGGGACUGGUUCUGGAUGCUAUGCGUCUACAUCACUAUCGUACUUACAUUAGCUUGCUUCCAAGAGAGCACACUCUCUUCACCGGCGGAGUUAGGCAGAGUUCUUCUUGUAUUGAUGGUAUUCUCGCUGGCGACAAUACCGCUGCAUUACUUGGCAUCUUUUUGUUUCGAUGCAUCAGCAACGGGAUUCUCGAAAAUGUGCUUCGUUAACAUAUUUUCUGGUUGUAUGCCGUUCCUGAUUACGGAAGUGUUACGUUUACCCGAAUUUGGUAGUCCGUACUACGCGAGUAUAUUUGAUUGGGUAUUUUCACCACUCCCAAUUUACUGUAUGAGUAGAAGUUUUAGGGAUAUGAGCGUGUCAUCAUUCAUGAUUCUGAUGUGCGACGGCGUGUGUACGCAGCUUAAUCUCAAGAACUGCACACGCCAAACGAUCUGCACCCAGCUCAACAUGACCGUAUGUUGUAAACUGGAUGAUGACCCCUUCUUAAAAUGGAAUGAACCAGGAAUCGGGCGAUACUUGUUUAUGAUGUCGCUUGUAGGCACAGUUGCUUUCUCCGUCCUACUGAUUAAAGAAUAUGAAGUCUUAAAUAAAAUAUUCUACUCGGAGACUCCCCACCGCCCUCUGCCGGUUAGUGCAGACGAAGACAGCGAUGUAGCAGCUGAACGAAGUGCCGUUCAAGACCUGUCAAAGCCAGAGCUGGCGCAGAACAGCCUCGUCUGCAAGGACCUAACCAAAUACUACAAAGACUUCCUCGCAGUUAAUCGCCUGACAUUCGCUGUACGCAAAGGCGAGUGUUUUGGCCUACUUGGAAUCAACGGUGCUGGGAAAACAAGCACAUUUCGUAUGGCAACUGGAGACGCGCAUCUUAGCGCUGGAGACGUAUUCGUACACGGCAUGUCUGUCAAGACACAUAUUCGCGAUGUUCACGCACACAUGGGUUAUUGCCCGCAAUUCGACGCGUUAUUAGACAAUCUGACUGCUCGCGAGACCCUCAAAAUAUUCUGUCUUUUACGCGGUAUCCCUGUUCGAGUUGGUUCUCAAUGGGGCAUACAACUCGCCGAGCAGCUUGGUUUCUUGAGGCAUUAUGAUAAAAAGGUGCACGAGUGUAGCGGUGGAACUAAACGAAAAAUAAGCACUGCACUGGCGUUAUUGGGAGAUGCUCCUUUAGUUUUUCUAGAUGAACCAACAACGGGUAUGGAUCCGGCGUCGAAGCGUCGCGUAUGGCGUUGUAUAAGCGAUGCGGUUGUUGCGGGGCGUAGCAUAGUACUAACAUCUCAUAGUAUGGAAGAGUGUGAAGCAUUGUGUUCGAGGUUAACUGUAAUGGUCAACGGACGCCUCUUUUGCCUCGGGCCGUUGCAGCAUCUAAAGAAUAAAUUCUCCCAAGGAUUCACUCUGAUCGUUAAAUGUAAAGAAGGUCCAGAUAGAGAUGCUGAGGUUAUAAAAAUAAGAGAAUAUAUUUUGGACAACUUUAAGGAAGCUAAACACAUAGAAACAUACUUAGGUAUUAGUACGUAUUAUAUAAACGACCCGGAACUGUUGUGGUGGCAACUUUUCGACAAAAUGGAGGAAGCCAGGUCCCGGUUUUCAAUGGAGGACUAUUCAGUAUCCCAGACCACCCUUGAGCAGGUUUUUCUACAAUUUACGCGCAUGCGCCAAGAAGAACGAAUUCAUAACUAG